AAAUUAUUCAGGGACUCCAUUUGGCAGCCUCGGAGACUCCCCAGAGGGUAAACUAAGAAAAAAAUUAUAUAAAAUUUGAAACAGAGAGAGCAACAAGGAGCAGGCCAGCUCGGGGUUGCCGUUUGGCUUUCGGGGUCUCACUGUAUGGUAUUUGAGUUUUCCGAUGCAAAGCCAACUCCAAAGCUGAGCGAUUCUUUUGUUUGUUUAUGCUCCCACCGUUCCCCUCGGUUACUUCUUCUCUUCGGCCGUUUCCUCAACCUUUUUAGCGGGGUAUAGAAGAAGCAGGUGUUACUGUGGACCUGACAGAACAAUCUGGGUUCUCUGCUGCUUGGUUCUUUGGAUCUCUUCUCCUCUGUUUUUUGCAACAGCUAUGGUAGAAAACAUGUGUUUCUUCAACAAGGAUAUUCUCGUUAUAAAGCCUCCGAAGAAAUCUCCGUUGCUGUUAAGGACGGCAGUUUUAAUAUUUUCAGUGAUUUGCGGUAUCUUCAUUUGUUCGGUCUGUCUAAAGCAGAUAACCUCACAUGCAAGGACUAAGUUUCAGGAUAUACACGUUGUUGAGAAGCCUUCUCAGCAUAGAGUAAAUCCAACGGAUGUUCCCUAUUUACAUUAUCCCAAACCUGUAUCUUUUAGCAGGGAUGAGUGUGCUCGUAAUCCUGUACAGUACUUUGUCAUUUUGUCCAAUCAGAGAUCAGGCAGCGGAUGGUUUGAGACUCUUUUGAACAGUCAUGUUAAUGUGAGCUCGAACGGGGAGAUAUUUUCUGUCUAUGAUAGAAGGAAGAAUAUUUCUUCGAUUGUACAGACUUUAGAUAAAGUUUAUAAUUUGGAUUGGCUCAGUAGUGCCUCCAAGAAUGAGUGCUCUGCUGCGGUUGGCUUAAAGUGGAUGCUCAAUCAGGGAUUAUUGGAGCACCACAAAGAUAUAGUAGACUACUUUAACCAAAGAAGUGUCUCUGUUAUAUUUCUAUUUCGGAGAAACUUGUUGCGCAGGAUGGUUUCAAUGCUUGCCAAUUCCUACGAUCGUUAUGCGAAGUUAGUGAAUGGAACUCAUAAGUCUCAUGUACAUUCUGCUGAAGAGGCUGACACUCUUGCAAAGUACAAGCCCGCCUUAAAUUCUUCAUUGCUGGUAGCUGACUUGAAGGAAAUGGAGAUGAAAACUACAAUGGCUUUAGAAUACUUCAACAGCACUCGUCAUAUGCUCCUGUACUAUGAGGAUCUUAUGAGGAAUCGCACCAAGCUUCAAGACGUGCUAGAGUUUUUGAGAUUGCCGCAGAUGGAUUUAAGAAGCAGGCAGGUUAAGAUACAUAGAGGACCAAUGUCAGAACACAUUAAGAACUGGGAUGAUGUUAAGAAAACACUGAAUGGGACUAUAUACGAGAGUUUUCUGGGGCCUGAUUAUUAGUGGAAGUCAAUCAGUAUUAUCAACCAGUCAUUCCCAUUAUAAAAUAUAAAAAAGCAUAGAAAGCCGCAGUGUUCGCAAGUCGUGAAUAAUACGAGGCUUAUCUUCGGCAACCGCCAUGGUUUCUUCAAGUCGUUGAAAAGGGUGAAAUAAUGGCUUCACCGAUAUUGCCCCUGCGAGCCUCAAGGCUCACAAUUUUGGUGCUGUGACGCUGCAUUAGUGUUCUUUAGCCUUUCUUACUUGUUUUUAGCCACGCAUCCAUCUGUGUCAACUCUCCGGUGAUCAAAGAUGCUUCGGUUCCUGUGUAAUUUUAGCUGUUAGUUUUGAAUGAUCAGAAGAAUGAUCCUGUAUAUGCUAGCUUAUUUAUUCGAGUUAAUGUGCCUGUUUGGUAA